AUGUUAUGGGAGUCUACUAGGGAACCCAAAAAUUCGAUCGAGGCGUCUAGCUCUAGGGGUUUGCACUCGAUAGGAAACAAUGUGGCAACCGAUGCCAGAUUUGCGACCCUAACUAAGAGACUUGAAGCUUUGGAGUCUCAUAGUGGCCCUUCAUCUUUGCCUAUGUUCCCGAACUAUAAUGCUCCCCAUCCCGAGAUCCAACAAUCUCAUGAUUUUGAGCAAGUGAACGCGAUGUUCCAACCCAAGCCUAGAAAUGAUCCUUUUGCACCGACUUACAACCCCGGGUGGAAGAAUCACCCGAAUUUCUCGUGGAACCAAGGGUCGGGUAAACAAGUAGAGACCCACGUUGGUGAGAACCUUGGUAAGAAAGGGGAUUCGACUUCUAACCCAAGUCCACCCCGCACUACCAUUAAUCAUGACAAACCCGAGUGUUCAAAAGCCCGUGAGGAGUCAAGUGACCCAAACCCGGAACCGAAUUCCGAGUCGCAAAGUGAAGUAGUCUAUAAAGCACGAGUCCCUUACCCACAAAGACUUAUUUCACCUAAGCAAUCGGCUCAAAUGGAGAAGAUUUUGGAAGUGUUUAAGCAAGUCAAGGUCAACAUACCCCUUUUAGAUGCAAUUCAACAAAUUCCGUCAUAUGCUAAGUGUCUUAAGGAGUUAUGCACCCAUAAGAGAACUAACCAUGUCCCUAAGAAAGCUUUCCUUACAUCUCACAUUAGUUCGAUUCUCUCAAACCAAAUUCCCGUGAAAUACAAGGACCCCGGUUGUCCUACAAUUUCAUGUGUCAUAGGAGAAACUUUUGUGGAUAAGGCGUUACUUGAUUUAGGGGCUAGUGUUAAUCUCCUUCCAUAUUCUGUCUACCAAGCCUUAGCAACCGGUGACAUUCCCUCGACAUGGUCCAAGAAUGAUAAAGCCAAGUUCUUUUCUCAAGUGAAACAUUUCUUUUGGGAUGACCCGUAUCUCUUUAAACAUUGUCCCGAUCAAAUCAUUAGGAGGUGUGUCCCAAAUAGUGAGUCUUGUAAUAGGUGUCAACAUUUAGGAAGAAUCACUAGGAGAAACAUGAUGCCUAUGAGCCCAAUCCUUGUUAUAGAGCUCUUUGAUGUGUGGGGCAUAGAUUUCAUGGGCCCAUUUCCUAGUUCAUUUGGCCACCUUUACAUCCUUCUCGCGGUUGAUUACGUUUCCAAGUGGGUAGAAGCCAUCCCGACCCGGUCCAAUGACAACAAAGUUGUCCUUCGCUUCCUUAAAGAGAAUAUCUUUUCUCGAUUUGGCACACCUAGGGCUAUCAUUAGUGACCAAGGGACGCAUUUCAAGAACCGUCAAUUCGAGUCACUUCUUAAGAAGUACUCCAUCACUCAUAGGCUUGCUACCCCUUAUCAUCCUCAAACUAGUGGUCAAGUAGAGGUUUCAAACCGGCAAAUUAAGCAAAUUCUAGAGAAGACGGUCAACUCAAAUAGGAAAGAUUGGUCAACCAAGUUGAUAGAUGCCUUAUGGGCCUAUCGGACCGCUUUUAAGACCGUCUUAGGAAUGUCUCCUUAUAGACUCGUGUAUGGUAAAGCUUGCCAUUUGCCGGUUGAGCUAGAGCAGAGGGCUAUGUGGGCCAUUAGAGAAUUGAACUUCGACUUACCCACCGCCGGUAGUCAUCGGAAGUUGCAAUUGACCGAGUUGGACGAACUUAGAAAUGAUGCCUACGAAAACGCUAAAAUUUACAAAGAGAGAACUACGGCUUUCCAUGAUAAGACCAUCUUGAGAAAAUCAUUUUCUCCCGGCCAAAAAGUUCUUCUCUACAACUCUAGGCUUCAUUUGUUUCCCGGUAAGUUGCGUUCUAGAUGGGACGGUCCUUACAUUGUUCAAGUUGUAUUUCCUCACGGUGCUGUUGAAAUUCAGGAUCCUAAAAAUGGUAAUGUUUUCAAAGUUAAUGGUCAACGUCUUAAACCAUUUUUAGAAUUGCCUGUUGAUUCGGAGGAAGAGGUCAUCCACCUCAUCAACCCUUGA